CCUCCCCCCCCCCAACUCGGACACCUCCGACCCGGGGCGCGCGUUCCCCCCGGCCCGGCUCGCUCUCUGCCUCCGGGGGCCUCCCGCUCCCUAGCCCCGGUCCGGUCCUCCCGCGGCGCAGCAGCACGGAGUCUCGGCGUCCCAUGGCGCAGCCCACGGCCUCGGCCCAGAAGCUGGUGCGGCCGAUCCGCGCCGUGUGCCGCAUCCUGCAGAUCCCGGAGUCCGACCCCUCCAACCUGCGGCCCUAGAGCGCCCCCGCCGCCCCGGGGGAAGGAGAGCGCGGAGCGCGCUGAGUAGAGCGAGCGGGAGACCUGCGUCUUUGCCCGCCGGC